ACUUUUUCGAAACUGUGCGUAUUGGUUUUGCGACACAAGCAUCGAUGCGUCAGUGCCAUACGUCCCAUCCCUAAUUUAACGUGCACUUGCCAACGUAGGACCAGAGACCUCCACCACGGCAGUCGUAUCCGUUUAUAAAGAUAAGAAACUGAAAGAGAAAUAAGAAAGACAAAUGAUCACUAGCAUGCCAGGUGCUAAUAAUUCUCAGCCGUCAGGCUACUGUCCUAUUUUAAAAUCCACUUGCCCGACCAAAUCUAAUAGGCCUAUACGAUUUCACUUAAACAUAAAAGACAUGGGUUGGCUCCAGAACUUUAUCCUCCUCUCAGCCCUCAGCCUCAUCAGCAGCUCCUCAGCAGCAGGUGAGGGCUGUAAGGAGUAUGGCCUGUACUUUGAGCGGUCAUUCUCAGUCGUAGGGGAGGCUGCCAUGUUGAACUGCACCCUGGUAGCCCCUGAGGUGUUUGACUUUUGGAAUGUCUCCUACAACAUCCACUGGUACAGCGAGGAAACACUGGAGCUGGGCCAGGCUACAGAACGAACUCUUGUGAGGGGCACCACUCUGUGGUUCCUCAAUGCUUUGCCGCAGGACACAGGAAAAUACUUGUGUGUUGUGAGAACUCCAACCCAGUGUUUUUCUCAGACCACCUCACUGAUCGUAAAACAAACCAACUCACACUGUGACCGUCCAGAUACACACACCCAGUACCUGACGAACAGUGUCUUUGGCGAAAUGGUCUGUCCCUUGAAGAACAUUAAAACGGAAUUAGGAGAUUCUUACUCCUUCAAGUGGUACAAGGACUGUCAGCCUAUUGAAACAGACGACAAGUUCAUGUAUCGUGAUGACAACCAGAGUCUGACUGUGAAGCGUGUCGAGCCCAAGGACGGAGGCUUCUACACCUGCACUGUGACUUUUGACCUGGGGGGAAUCCCUACAAGCAUGUCAGCCACCAUCAAAUGUGAAGUGAAAGAGGAAUAUGUUCUUCAACCCAGAAUAGUGGUGCCUACUAAUGAGUCGGUCAAGGCAGAGUUGGGGUCAAAGUUCAACAAGGAGUGUCGUGUGUUUGUUCCGUGUGUGGGAGAACACUGGGUGAGUGUGUUUUGGCUGGCCAGCGGUGCUGAUGACUACAUCCCCAAAGACUCCACACAGAGAGUCUUCCACCAAACACAACCGGACCAGAGACAGGUUGACGGGGAAAAGGGUGUGUGGCUGAAUCACCUGCUGACGUUCUCUGAAGUGAAGCAGGAAGACUUCUAUGUCAACUACUCAUGUGAUGUUAUCAGUUCCCAUAAUUUUGUGGGGGCACAGUUCACACUCCUGCCGGCAGAUCCCAACCUGAUGCUUCCUGUCGGCCUGCUGUUAGGCUGCCUGGCUCUAAACUUCACUGCUGCUGUGGUCUUCUACUACCUGUUCAAGAUCCACAUUGUGCUCUGCUUCCGGGGAGUCUUCCCCUUCCUCUACACAGAAGCAGGUAUGUGUGUGUCUGUGACUGUCAAGUGGUAAGGCAGGAGGUGGACCCAAAUGCAGACAGGAUCCAAGUUACCAAAAAAUGCAUUUAUCAAACGGAAUCUCAGGAGCUACUCACGUUGCACAACAACAAUGCGACCAGGACUGACAUAGGGAGCUGACAUUUAUACAGGGCAGGGGUAUCACACAAUGAAUGGACAACAGCUGAUUGAAACAAGACAGGGAACCUGAAGAGAGACAAAACCAGGACUGGAACACACAAACAGACAGAAAACACGAGUUUCAGGGAAGACCAGAAGAACGUAAACGGGCAUGGCUGUGGCGGUGACCUACAUACUCUCUGAUACAAAUACACAUGGUGACCACAUGGUUGUCAGAAGUGAGUGUGACAGAAGUAAGUGUGCAUGCAUAAUUACCUCUAGCAAAGCAUAUUCAGCCUGUUUCACAGGAAAUACAGAGACAGGACUCAAUCUUGUACCACACUCUCCUCUUAGAGUGACACUUCCUCUACACCCAACACAGCAGAGUAGCUGGGUGGAACAACUAGACAGGGUGUGCUUCUGGGUUUAACCACACCUCACUGUUGACCUUUGCUAUGGAACAUUUAGGAUGAAUAUGUUUCAAUAGUGGUUAAACUGUAAGCUUCUAUGUUCAUUGGUAAGAGACAUGCUCUGACAGUUGUUGCUGUAUAAAGGAAGGGGAUAUAAUUAAGUUGAGUUCCAAGGAAUGUAAAGGUGUUGCCGCCAAAAUGGACUGCAUGACUUGGAGAGACUUCCUACAUCCUUUCAAUCUAUAUUCAUGAACUGGAAGGGAAGUUCUUGAAAGGGUCAGAAGGAGACAUACAGCAGGGGCGUAGCCACGGGUAGGCCUGGGUAGGCACAGGCCUACCCAAUAAGUUCUAAGGCCUACCCAAAAACGAAAAUAUGCCUAUCCUAUCUAUGCCUAUUUUUCUAGGCCUACCCAAAUAGAUUAUUCUGGCUACGCCCUUGACAUACAGUCAUGUGCUAAUAAAACAGCUGUUUGAUCCAUUGUGAAGAAUAGUGAGGUCAUUGUUUGUAUUACAUAACACUUGUUUGAAAAGGACCCUACAAAGGAGAGGUGACCAUUUGCCUUUCUAACAUGGCACAAGAGUUUCUAGAAAAUCUGUAAUGACUUUUAAUCAUGAUCUUGAAAUGUAUAGUGCAUAGUAGCCAGACACAAAUACAUAGUAGCCACACAUUGCAAGUUGCAUAAAUAAAUAAAAUGCGAUUCUUUUAUUUGCAUUAGUAUUUAUGUCUCAGUUUCAGUUAAACCCCCAUUUGAUAGUUUAUUUAAUGGACU